AUGCAGCCAACGCCCAACAGCCAUGAGAGUGGUCUGAGUAAUAACCCACUCCCUACUCUUGUUCCCAACUCUUCUGCUCUCCCAGCUGUCUCCCUGACGUUAAUCUUUGUGUCUACGUUCGUUCCAGUCAGCAUGAUUCUCACUAAUCUCCCACCAGAACUUCAAUCCAAAAUAUGCUCUUAUCUCGUCAAAUCAAUUGGCCCUUCAUCCAUUCAUGCCUUGCUUAGAACAUGCAAACAAUUAUAUGAUGUUGCUCUCCCUUUCUCUGUCCAAAUCUUCCGAAAUACAGCCCCUAUACACAUCGGUAGGGGCCCUUGCUCCGAGACUCGCAAUGUGCAAUUUCUACGCUAUAUUCUUAUCUCCAAGCCCGAACUAGCCAGCAGGGUUGAUACAAUUAUCCUAGGUGGCUUCACGACAACCAGGGAGAGGGUGAAAACACCCACCGCGGUCACUAGCACCGAAGAAGAACCCGCCAUAUAUCAAGAGUUCAUCAUAAAUGCCUUGGGUCCACAACUGAGUGAAGCUGACUUGACACGAAGGGACAGCUGGAUUGCUCACCUGAAAGAGGGAUUUACUGAUGCCCAGAUUUCCUUGAUCUUACUCGUAUGUUCGGGUGUGCGGAGACUCUACUUCGAAGACUAUCAAGAAGGAAUGUCCCAGAACCAACUUUUCAAAAAACCAGACUGUUUCAUAUUUUUACUUGAGAUGGCCAAGACCUUGUCAACAUCCAACACCUCUGGCUUCAACGCUCCACUGCGGAACCUUCGUCAUGUCCAAUCCCAAUCCCACGAGGAUAACGACUGUGGCUGGGAACAGGCUUUCAGACUCAUGGCGCUGCCUCAGCUGAAAUCCUAUGAAUCCCUCGACACAACGAGGCGUGGUAAUUUCGCAGGAGAAUCAACUAUUCUACCCCUCAUCACCACACCCCGGUCCUCUUCCGUGCGAUCCAUCUCUCUCCACCAGUCUCUCGCGCCCGCGGCGGAGGUACAGGCUUUAUUGAGGGUAUGCAAGCACCUGGAGAAAUUCGAGUACAUCAGCCCGACUUUCGAACCGAUAUCCGGUAUUUUUGCCCGGGAUAUCAUGGAAGCCGUACUCCCCCACGCUAGAACUCUCCAUCAUUUGCACAUUAAUUUCUCCGAUGAGUGCAAGAAGAUCGGCUGGGAGGACGAUCCCCAGCGGUUGUAUCUGGGAACCGAACUUGCCCAGAUGACGGCGCUGAGGCACCUCAGUAUUGGGAUGCAGUCUCUCACAGGCAAGUUUGACCAAGCGCCCACAGACGAGCAAGACACGCCCUCACAGAUCGAAGGGGCGCCUCAGCUCAUCGAAUGCCUUCCAGAGAGUUUGGUAGAGCUCUUCAUUCGUGAUUGCGGCAAGGGAAUUCUCGACCAAGCCAAGGAGCUGAUGGCAACCAUCGAAAAAGGAGAGCGCUUCAAUAACUUGACACGCAUCGUGCUGGUGUUCAAAGCCGAAAUAGUCAACCUGAGAGAUAUCCGACAAGCCAUUCCUGAGAGAACCAAGAAAGGGAGCCGUUGUGAUCUUUGGGUGGCUUUCCAGCAUCGCGAAGCGCGGUGGGUCAGCUCGGGAAGAGGACACACAUUUGAGGGGAUUCGCGCAAUCCCGAGCCUCUGUUCUCGAAUAUUCGCAGAUGAUCUCCGCAACGACUGGAUGAAUUUUCGAGGAGGGCUUGCCCAUAAACUACACCCCAAAGCUUUUGGGCCUUGCUCACUUGCUCGUGGAGUGGAUGAGAGAAUGAUCAGGCUCUUACUUCUCAAGCCACCACACGAGAACUAG